AGGGAGGGAGAGGCGCUCCCGAGACCCCAGUCGCUGAGGAGGGAGGGGCCUGCACGGCUGAGAGCCCCCGGGGCGGCGGACGGAGCCCAGCCACUCCACGUGCCCAUGGCCGUCGCUGGGUGUCGGGCUGCCACGCCCACCCGCCCACUCCUCCGGUCAUUUGUCCCCCGCAGACGGGUCUGUCCGCCGUCCUGUCCCGGGCACAAAGCACCCUCUGUUCUCCUGGGGUGGUCUCACAUCUGGAACACGUUACCUGGGAGGUGGUCCAGGCGGAAACUGGGAGGUUUCCCGAAGAGCUGGGCAGGUUGAUGGACAGCAGCUGGAGGCCGAUGGGGCCCCUGAGGCGGGAGGUGGGCAAACCGCAGCCCCUGUCCUCCUCCCACCCCCAGUGUGUGGCCAGGGGCCAGCCGCUGCCCCAGCCUCAGUUUGCUCAUCUGUGUAAUAGGCCUCCCGGGGGUGUCGCAGGGUCAGGGAGGUGGGGUCAGUGCACGGUCAGGGCUGGGAGCCGGGCCAUCCUAGGCCAGGUGGCCGCAAGGUCUCCCCUUCCCCCUCUGCCUGCCACCUGCCCGGCCUUGAGCCAGCGCCCUCGAGUUCACCACGAGAAGCUGUGGUCACCCUCGUAAGACGGGGCCCCUGAGGCCCCAAGAGAAGAGGGGGCCCGCCCGGGUCAGACAGCACGGCCGGGCUGAGUCGAAUGCGGCCCCCCUGCCCCGCCCCCAGCUCUCUCCUGUCUCACGUGGCUUCCGGAACAAGCCAGUUGACCCCAAAGCGGCAAGGCUGCCGCCCAGCACAUGAACAGACAGACAGAUCUGUAUCUAACCAGCCCACCCGAAGGCGUUGGGCCGUGUAGCCGAACGUCCUGCGCCGAGCCGGCCGCCUGCUGGGGUCUGGCUGUGUUUUCCGGUCAGAGCGUCCUCCAGGGUGUGCUGUGCGGGGCGUGUGUGUGGAGUGCCGGGACCGGCCUGGAGCUGGCGCUGGGCUUCUCCUCCUUUCGGAACGAUCGCUGUGCUCCUGGCCUCUCCGGGGAGGCCUACCAUUCUGGCCGGGCCGGGGGCCCCUGCACCCCUAUGGUCAAGUGUGUGUGGGAGGCACCGGGGGCUCUAAUAUUCUCAGCCUUGAGGGUCUGCCCCCUCGGGAGGACGGCUGGGCACCUGGUGGGCACGUUCGACCCCCAAACGCCUGGACACUGGGGCCGAGGCCCUGCUCUGGUCCUGUUUUCCCACCGUGUGACCUCAGGCAAGUCACGGAGCCUCUCUGUGCCACAUCGCCUCAUCUGUGAGAAGCGGGCAUUGACGGCGCCCGCGGGUGCGAGUUGGUAUUUUUAAGGAGCUGAGCACAGCAGCGCUCCUGGGAGGCGCUGGGUGAAUAAAGCAAGUAGUGGGAACCAGGAAGUGGAACGAGGGCCCGGCUCGCCCUGACCAUUGGGCAGCGUGGAGCUCCGCCCACAGGAGCCCCUCAACCCCAGGACGUCGGCCUCCCGUGACCCACCAGGCCCGUGAGCUGCCCAGGGGGAAGCAGCCCACCCUGAGCUGGCCACCCAGGGCCUGCUUCCAGCUACACCUAACCGGGCGGCGCAGAGAAACUUCGAUGCCCUCAGGAAGGAAAACAUUUACGAGAACAACAAACUGGCCUUCCGCGUGGCUGAGGAGCAGCUGGGCAUCCCGGCCUUGCUGGACGCCGAGGACAUGGUGGCCCUGAAGGUGCCCGACCGGCUGAGCAUCCUGACCUACGUGUCCCAGUACUACAACUACUUCCACGGGCGCUCCCCCAUUGGGGGCAUGGCCGGCGUGAAGAGGCCCCUGUCGGACGCCAGUGAGGAACCGCCUGGAAAGAAGGCCCCGUCCCAACCUGCCAGGCCUUCGCCCACCCCAGCCCGGGGGCAGCCGCUGUCUCCGGUCAGCACAAACCCCACCGUCCAGCGGAAGGCUGGCCAGGCUGCGGUCGGCUCCGUCAGCAGCACCUGUGGCGUCUGCGGGCAGCACGUGCACCUCGUGCAGCGGCACCUGGCAGACGGGAGGCUGUACCACCGGAGCUGCUUCAGGUGUAAGCAGUGCUCCAACACGCUGCACUCGGGGACCUACAAGGCCACAGCAGAGCCCGGCGUCUUCGUCUGCUCCAGCCACGACCCUGGAACCGCCUCUGCUGGCCCCACGUUGCCGGGCUUGGCCCCCCGGCGGCCUGGAGCCCUGUCCAUGGACUCCAAGACCCCUGGCUCCCCGAAGAAGGCCCAGGAGGCGAGCGGGCAGAGAGACGCAGGACCAAAGGCCAGGCCGCCCGCGUGGGAGCCCGCGGUGGGCAGCCCGACUGCCAAAGGUUACCCGCCGGCUGCAGCUGACCCUCCGGCCACCGCCUGCUCCCACGUCCAUGCGGGGAGCCCAGCCGGGGCCAGGCUCUCGGUGGGCCCCAUGGGCGGCAAGGCCAGCACUCACGUGACCAACAGCUCUCCGACGGGGUGGUCGUCGCCGGCAGGCAGCCCUCGUCGCGCCGUGACCCCGAGUGCCCGGGACUCUCGCCCGGCCACACCACAAGGCCGGGUAACCCCCCGAGGGGCAGCCCCUCAGAUCAAGCUCAGCUCAGGGCCAGCGUCUCCGGUCCCAGCGAGCGCCCCGGCCUGGACCCCAUCGUCCUCCAGGACGCAGCAGGCCCGGGAGAGGUUCUUCCAGACGCCUGGAGCCGCCCCCCGCGCUGGCCCGGCUGGCGGGGCCCCAGCUGUGGCGGACGCUCCUUCCAGGGACGGCAGCAGGGAACAGGCGCUGAGCCUCCUCCGGAAGGCCCUCCACGAGCUGGGGGCAGCCGGCGCUCAGGCGCCCGGCAGGCCCUCCCUCGCCACCGGCCCUGCACCCAACUCCCAUCCCAGGUCCGAAGGGCCAGGAGCAAGUCCAGCAGCCACGCGGCCACAGUCGGCGUCUCCGCAGGCCCUUAGCCCCGCCGCGAGGAGCGCGCCGCCGGCCCCCCGGAGCGCAGGCAGCAUCUCGCGGGUGUCGGCGCCGCCCCAGGCGGGCAGGAAAGCCUCGGCUGCACCCUCAGGGGCCGUCGGGGCGGGUGCCGGCUCCAGGCUGAAGCUGGAGGCCCCGCGGGCCGAGGGCCCGAGUGCCAGCCCCCAGGAGGGCCAGGAGGACGGGCCGGCAGGAUGGAGGGCCCGCCUGAAGCCCGUGGAGAAGAAAAGCCCCGCUGAGAGGGCUCUGGAGCUGAAGGAGCCUCAGGUCCUGGGAGAGCCGAGGGCGGGUCAUGCACCCCAGAAGGUCUCUGGGAGCUCCGAGGGGGGCGUCCGCAUCACCCUGACCCCUGUGCGAGUGGACAGGACACCAGGCCCGGCCGGGGCCAGCCUCCUAGCUGCAUCCCCCUCCCCCUUCCAGUCCCCAUCCCACCGCAGGAAGCUGGCGGUCCCUGCCAGCCUAGACGUUUCUGGCAGCUGGCUUCAGCCAGAGCCCUCGGGGAAGGAAGCCCCUGCCUGGAGCCGGAAGAAGGAGGAGAAAGCCCCUCCCCAGGGUGAACCAGUGAGGCCCUCGGGCCCGGCCGGCAUCCCUGUUCCGCCUGGCGAGUCAGUGCCCUCCCCGGUCAGGCUGCACCCUGACUACGUGCCCCAGGAGGAGAUCCAGCGGCAGGUGCAGGACAUCGAGAGGCAGCUGGAUGCCCUGGAGCUCCGGGGCGUGGAGCUGGAGAAGCGCCUGCGUGCGGCCGAGGAGGACGCCUCGGAGGACGCCCUCAUGGUGGACUGGUUCCGGCUCAUCCACGAGAAGCAGCUGCUGCUGAGGCUGGAGUCUGAGCUGAUGUACAAGGCCAGGGACCAGCGCCUGGAGGAGCAGCAGCUGGACAUCGAGGGGGAGCUGCGCCGGCUGAUGGCCAAGCCGGAGGCUCUGAAGUCCCCCCAGGAUCGGCAGCGGGAGCAGGACCUGCUGAACCAGUACGUGAACACCGUCAAUGACCGCAGUGACAUCAUCGACCUCCUGGAUGAGGACCGGCUCAGGGAGCAGCAGGAGGACGAGAUGCUGCAGGACAUGAUCCGGAAGAUGGACCUGCAGAGGAGUGGUGGGGAGCAGAGGAAGAAGCCCAGGUUCCGCUUGUCCAGCAUCUGGUCCCCGAAGAGCAGAAGCAGGACCCCCGAGUAGCUGCCUGGUGGGGCUCCAGGACCCUCACGCGGGUGGGGUAGGAACGUGGGUGGCGGGACCUGCACCGCCCUCUCUGUGGGGUCUGAGCAGCCUCAAUAAAGAAACUGACCAUGUG